AUGGAUGAGAGUGCCUCCGUAUUCAUCGAAUCACUUGCAAAGAGGUCUCACGGCAUGAAUCUGGAAGAUUCAUGGUAUUGCAUUGCAGCAUGUUCCUUUGCAGCUUGCAACCAAGGCAAAUACGUUGCGGACGUCUUCACCACCGCCAUCCGACCCCAUCAGGCAGACGUCGAGUUUCAUAAACGAGUCUUGCAGUCGCUCAUCAAAACGAGCAUCAUAUACGGCAUCCCAAGGGUGAUCAACGCCUUCAGAGCCCUCAUCACAGUGAUACCAGGGCCAGACUCGAACGAGACAACAUCAAGCAGGAACCACAUCCAAGUGCCCGCCGAUACAGAUGAGCGCGGCCUAGCCUACAUGCGCAACAUCUUCCGGGCGGACCUGGACCCCUUCCUGGACACCAUGGACCGGUACUGGCCGGACCUGCGCACCCUCAUCGUCACGACCAUCUACGGGUACUACCAGUCCGACGUCAGCGUCGUCGACUCCGUCACCACCAGCCUGCUCAACAUCGCCACGCUGGUGCCCAUGGACGUCACGGCCGAGGUCGCCUGGCACAUGAGGGGGACGAUCAGGAACGGAGGGACCAGGGAACAGCUGCAGGCGGCAUACGACAUCGCCAUCGAGAUCUGCAGGAUCUGCGACGUGAGGCUGAAGAACACGAUGCCGCUGCCGGAAGAGGUGAUAAACGAAGAGCGUCUAUUUUAG